GUGUGUAGAGGUAAACAUUUAGUGCUCCGCUGAACUCACUUCACUAAAUAUGUCUCGAUUCAAGCGAGCGGAUCAGAUGGACUCUCUGGCGGGCUUCAGGACGGAGAAGACGGAGCCGGCGGUCCCUUACGGUCUGCUGAAGGCAGCGAGGAAGAGCGGCCAGCUCAACCUGUCCGGCCGAGGACUAACGGACGUCCCUCAGGACGUGUAUCGUCUGAAUAUUGACACACCAGAGGAAGCGCAGCAGAAUGUGUCCUUCGGAGCGUCAGAUCGCUGGUGGGAACAGACUGACCUCACCAAACUGCUGCUCUCCUCCAAUCAGCUCACAAAACUGUCUGAUGACAUCAGACUGCUGCCUGCUCUAACUACACUGGAUCUCCACGACAACCAGCUGAGCAGUUUACCAAACACUUUGGGAGAACUGCAGGAGCUCCAGCAACUGCGUCUCAGUCAUAACCAGCUGAGAUCACUGCCAGUGGAGGUGUGUGCUCUGAAGAACCUCUGUAGUCUCACACUCCAGAAAAACCUGCUGGAGAUCCUGCCGGAAGAACUGGGACAACUGGAGAACCUGACCCAGCUGGACCUGUCCAGUAACCAUCUGAAGGGUCUGCCCUCCAGCCUGGGACGUCUCGCCUGUCUGCAGACGCUGAACCUGUCUCACAAUCAGCUCAGCUGUCUGCCUGACUGUCUGGCCCAGCUCUCAAAUGUUAAGCUGUUGGACUGCAGCAACAACCAGCUGACUGACAUUCCUGCCAGCAUAUCAGAGAUGACCGCUCUGGAGCAGCUCUACCUCCGACACAACAAGCUCCGCCUCCUACCCAAACUCCCUGCACCUGCCCUCAAGGAGUUGUAUGUGGGGAACAACCAGAUUGAGCAGUUGGAGACGGAGAAGCUGGCCUGCCUCUCAGCCAUCUCUCUCCUGGAGCUCCGAGACAACAAGAUUAAAAUCCUCCCUGAACAGAUCACCUUACUGAGCACGCUCACACGCCUCGACCUCACCAACAAUGACAUCGCCACUCUUCCAGCAACUCUCAGCCUGCUGCCAAAUCUGAAGGUGUUACUGUUAGAGGGGAACCCUCUGAGAGGAAUCAGGAGAGACCUGCUCACUAAAGGAACCAACGAGCUUCUGAAAUAUUUAAGAGGAAGAAUUAAAGAGGAACCAGAGAAAGCAGAUGAAGGAACGACGGCUAUGACGUUACCCAGCCAGGCCAGGGUCAAUGUACACAACAUUAAAACACUCAAAUUAUUGGAGUACAGUGAGAAGCAGGCAGGUGAGAUUCCAGAUGAGCUGUUUGAUGCUGCAGCAGAUCAAAAUGUCACCACUGUUAACUUCAGCAAGAACCAGCUGACCUCCACACCCCCCAGGCUGGCGGAGUUCCUCUCCUCGAUCUCAGAUAUCAAUCUGAGUUUCAACAGACUGACUUCCUGUUCUGAUGUCUGUAAGUUCCUGCAGCUGAUGCACAUCGACCUCAGGAAUAACCAACUGAGUGAUUUACCAUCAGAAAUGAAGAACUUAACUAAACUACGCUCUAUUAUCCUCAAUUACAACAGGUUCAACUCCUUCCCCGAAGUCCUCUAUCAGAUCAUUUCCUUGGAGACGGUGUUGCUUGGUAACAACCAGGUGGGCAAGGUGGACCCUCAUUGUCUGAUCAAGAUGGUUAAUCUGUCAACACUGGAUCUGUCAAACAACGACCUGCUGAAUGUCCCCCCUGAACUGGGCCUGUGUACCAGCCUCAGGUGUCUCAGUCUGGAGGGGAAUCCUUUCCGCACACCCAGAGCAGCCAUCGUGGCCAAAGGAACGGAUGCAGUGUUGGAGUACCUCCGAGACCGCAUACCAACGUGACCCCUGACCUCAGCCUAAACAGCUCCACUGCCACACUCACAUCUUUUCUUCUUUUGUAUCAAUGUUUACAUUUAAAUGCAUCAACCAACAACCUGGUCGUUCUUUAUGCUACACAAGUCUGCAAUUCCAAAUCCACAGUCUGUGUAACACAGGGAGGUCAUCAUAUGGUCUGCUCUGAGAAACAAACCAGCUGCCAAAGUUCCCCUCUGAUCUGAAAGUGAGAAAUUUUUCUGUACAAUCAUAUAUUCAUGCUGACACAUGUGACUGAAAAUAUGAUGGUGGCACUUGAGUUAAUAAAGUUAUUGCUAAGAAUUAGAA